AAAGAAUCACAAAAUUUAACACAUGUCUCAGAAUUCUUCCUUCUGGGACUCUCAGAUGAUCCAGAAGUGCAGCCCCUCCUCCUUGAGCUGUUCCUGUCCAUGUACCUGGUCUCCGUGCUUGGGAACCUGUUCAUCAUUCUGGCUGUCAUCUCGGACUCCCACCUCCACACUCCCAUGUACUUCUUCCUCUCCAACCUGUCCUUGGUUGAUAUUGGUUACACCUCCACCACCAUUCCCAAGAUGAUUGUGAACAUCCAAACUCACAGCAGGGUCAUUUCCUAUGCAGGCUGCCUGACGCAGAUGUCUAUUUUCAUCCUUUUUGGAUGUUUGGAUAGCCUCCUCCUGACUGUAAUGGCCUAUGACAGGUUUGUGGCCAUCUGUCACCCACUGCACUACCCAGUCACCAUGAACCCACACCUCUGUGGCUUCUUAGUUUUGAUGUCUUUUUUAAUUAGCAUUUUGGAUUCCCAGCUGCACAAUUUGCUUGUAUUACAACUUACCUGCUUCAAGAAUGUGGAAAUUUCUAGUUUCUUCUGUGACCCUUCUCAGCUCCUCAAACUUGCCUGUUCUGACACCUCCAUCAAUAACCUAUUAAUCUAUUUCAUUGGUACCAUCUUUGGUGGUAUUCCACUCUUAGGUAUUCUUUACUCUUAUACUCAAGUUAUUUCUUCCAUUCUGAGAGUCUCAUCAUCAAGUGGGAAGUAUAAAGCCUUCUCUACCUGCAGUUCUCACCUGUCAGUUGUUUGCUUAUUUUAUGGAACAAGCUUUGGGGUGUACUUCAGUUCUGCUGUUUCACAUUUCCCAAAGAAGGGUGUGGUGGCAUCGGUGGUAUAUGCCGUUGUUUCUCCUUUGAUGAACCCCUUUAUCUACAGCCUGAGAAACAGGGACAUCAAAAGUGCCUUGUGGAGGCUUCUUAACAGAAUAGUCUAA